CCAACAGAGACUCCGAACGAGUGUUCAGUCGAGCCAGAGACUCGGUCGAGAGAGAACUUUUCAAUAACAAUAUAGACUCUUGUUAAUAAGAUGGCUUCGUGUUACCCAUCUUACGAUCCGUCAGCUGUUCAACAGCAACAGCAGCAGCAGCAAACGGUCAGUGCGGUUGUGCAAAGAUCUGUAGUGCAACAAAAGGACUACUCAAGACCAUUACACGUGGAUUGCAGUGUUGAAUAUGAACUUCCGAAUCAGGCUAAACCGCCGGUUGGUGUCAGGAAUGAACCGUUGCUGAUGAUCCAUCCUUGUUACUUCAGAAAAAUUGAAAGCCAACGUCGAAGUCCGUUUGUGAAUAAUCUCCCUAAUAGACAACAAACAUCUUCGACAUCCGCCGCGACCAUCUCAUCUAAAAGACGAAUGAUGAGAGGUCAACAAUUACCACAGCAAGUUCCUCAACAAGCGGCCCAAUACCCAGUACAGUAUGCCGAAAGGCAACAACAACAACUUUGGGACUCCCUGCCACCUUUAGUGCCAAUAAAUACAACCACAUCAUACUGCAGCAAAAGAGACAAUUUAGUAUCAGGAACGACAACUUAUAGUUCAGGAUCAGAUUCUGGACACUGGACCGAUCCAGAUCGUUCACCAGAUCGACCCGAUGAUAAACACAUCCUCACCGGGAAAUACAGACAGUAUCUGCGAGCUCAUAGGCUCCAUCCUUAUGUUAGUUCUGCGAUUCCGAUAGCGUCCACAUUUCCACAAAUUCACCAAGUGUGCUACAACGUGUGAUCGCUGUGAUGUGAUAAACCCCUUGUGAUAAUAGUGCGAUAGAAGUGUCUCUCCUCAUUCUGGGAGGGGCGCAUGCUCCAACCUAUCCGGGCGUGGUACUCUGAUCUGACGGAAUAGAAGACGACCUUUUCUUCUUAAUUCAUUAUUAUUAUUAUAGAAGACGACUUCUCCCCCUAUUGUGAUGAUUACUCUAUGUUUGCUCUAUUUAAUUUCAUUAAUAUCGGUUCGAUACAUUUUGAAAACUAAAAUCGACUAAAAAAAUGGAUAUUUAAAGACCUUAGUGCACCCGGCUAAACAUAUCCUUAGUUCACAAAAUUUUUUUAAUUGUGACGUGCCAAAACUCAAAUCAAAAAAUAAAAAAAAAUUAUCAAAUCGC